AUGUUCCUCGGCACCAGAUACUAUGGAAUUUUUAUUUUGCCACUGGUCAUUUGCCAGUUCAUUCCGCCUCCAACACGUCCGGUAAACUUGUGGGAUCCUUUCGAGACAACAACAACACCACGACCAUCAGGAUUAAACCAAGGGUUAAACCGUGAUGAAGUGGUCGUUCGUCUUCCUCUUGGAGACAUUGUUGGCAAGGAAGUACAUCUUCGCAACCUGCCCUGGACCAUUCACAAAGACCCGACGGAAGAGCUGCCAAGGGAUGGAACUCACUUUGACCCGAAUCCUUUGAGAAAGAAUAACAACAUCACAGUCUUCACGUUUCUAGGGGUGCCUUACGCGGAGCCACCAACGUCUCAGAGGCGAUUCAAGCCGCCACAACAAUUGACAGUUUUUCCUGGGAAACAGCCGUUCCUAGCUUUCAACUAUGCUGCUUCAUGUGCUCAGGACGUUGAGAAGAGACCCAGCCCGUUCGUAGACCAUCCAUAUCCAUUCACAGUUGACGAAGAUUGUCUCUACCUCAAUAUUUUCUCCCCUGACAUAUCAAAGAAUGCGCCAACAACCUACCCAGUGAUUGUGUUCUUUCACGGAGGCAAUUUUCAAACAGGAUCCGCAAAUGAGUGGCCUGCCCAUGGUUUAGCGUCUCGAGGGAUGGUAGUCGUCACUGUUAACUACCGCCUUGGAGCUUUCGGAUUCAUGAGCUUGGGAGACUCUGAUACCGGAAACUAUGGGCUUCAGGAUCAACGGCUGGCUCUGGAAUUUGUUCGCGAUCACAUUGCAACGUUCGGUGGAGAUCCACAAGCUGUCACCGUGAUCGGCCAUGAUGCUGGAGCAGCAUCCAUUGGAUUACACAUGCAGUCUCCCAAAUCUAGACACCUCUUCCGAUCCGCUGCGACAAUGUCUGGAGCAGAAGUUUCCUAUCACUCGUACAUCGGAAAGCCAGCAUUGGCUUUCAACAACACUAUAAAGCUUGGACGUUACGUUGGUUGUUCUGAAACCGUCCCACAGAAUGUGUGGGAUUGUCUCAUGACGAAAGCCACCAACGACAUCGUUUACGCAACGCAGACCAUUCCAAUUGAAUAUAACCGCUACCUAUUCAUGCCAACUGUAGAUGGGAAUGAAGUUCCUGCAAAUCCACUCUGGACACUGAUGAACGCUCCGAGUGGAGAGGUUUCCAUCAUGAGUCCAGUGCCGCUGCUGAUCGGAAUGAACGCUCAGGAUGGAAGCGAAGUGGUCUUGGAGGAUAGGCGCUUGGGAGAGUUUAGUCAGUUUAACGAUGUGGACCACGAGUACCUUAAAAGCUACGCAUUGGAGUAUUGCUACCGACACAACUACUCGAUGAACCGGGAAGCCACUGCUGACGCCAUCGUUUCAAAGUACACCUUCUGGCCUGAUAGAGCUGCUGUAUGGGCGAUCAAGGAGAACUUCAUCCAUUUUGCAACCGAUGCCUACUACACAGCUCCAAUGCAGCUCUCAGCACAUCUUCACAGUGCAUCAGGAUCACGUGUGUUCCAGUAUGUGAACAACUACAAUUUCAGCAAGCAGCAUCCAGAUCUGUCGUUUAUUCCCGAUUGGAUGGGAGUCUGCAGAGAUUGUGACUUGUACCUGAUGUUUGGAUAUCCAUUCCUACCUGACGAGUUGCGACCGCUGGGGCUCCGAGGUAUCAACUUCACAGACAUGGAUCGUAAUGCUAGUCGGACGUUCUCCAACAUCGUCCGUCGUUUCACCUACUAUCAGAAUCCAAACUUCUUGUAUGAUGGUAGUUGGGUGGCUUACGAACCAAGACGUCAUUGGUACAUGAACUUCAACUACUCACACGAGGAAGACUGGAAGGUUCCUGGAACCAUCGCGAGGGACUAUCGAUACCAAGACGUCGCAUUCUGGAAUGAGUACAUCCCGGCAUUGGUCAAUUACAUGACCACUACAUUUUCUCCGGAGAAUGUUGCGUAUCGACGGGAGAUUAUCGUCUAUAGAUGGAUCACUGGAGUCAAUGCGAUCAUCAUAAUUCUGCUUGUAGUGUUGGCUGGUGCAUUUGGAUACAUGGUAUUCGGUCACAAGGAAGAAGAGGAUGCCGUCUACAAGGGCGAGAGCCAUCAACUCGUCGACUUUGGAAUCCGUUCAGUAUCCGAUGGAACGGUAUCUUCCAGGACGAGAUCCCCUCAUUCUAGAAUCAGAGGAGGUGGAACUCAGUAUCUGGAGCGAGAGUCGAAUAUAUAA